CGCAGGCCGUGCACUUAGAUCUCCUCACCAACAUUGAUGCCGACUCCUUUUUGAUGGCUCUGAGGAGGUUUAUUGCCCGCCGAGGGACCCCAGCAGAGUUGUUCUCAGAUCAAGGAACGAACUUCAGAGGAGGCGAGAAGGAGCUACGAGAGGCGUUUGCAGCACUGUCGCCUAAACUACAACAGAGCCUCGCCAAGGAGCAGAUAGCCUUUCAUUUCAACCCACCUGCGGCUCCUCACUUUGGAGGAGUGUGGGAGAGGGAGAUUCGCUCGGUCAAACAGGCACUCUACACGACCGUGGGGGCUCAGGCACAGGCUGAGGAGGUACUUAGGACGGUGUUAAUAGAAGUGGAGGGCCUUCUGAACUCUAAGCCAUUGGGCUACGUAUCGUCCAGCGUUGCUGAUCCAGACCCUGUGACCCCAAGUCUCUUAUUGAUGGGGCGGCGAGAUGGGUCUCUUCCUCAGGUAGUGUAUCCAGCUACUGAGCUCUUAAGCAGACGCAGAUGGAGACACUCUCAGAUCUUGACAGACCAUUUCUGGUCAAGUUUUAUCAGGUACUACCUCCCUGGUAUGCAAGCUCGCCAGAAGUGGCACACCAUCCGAGUCAACCUCGCUGAGGACAAGGUAGUCAUGCUGGUAGAUCCCCAGUUACCGAGGGCACUCUGGCCUAUUGGACGGGUAAUCAAGGUGCAUACCAGUGCAGACGGUCAUGUGAGGUCCGCCGACGUGAAGAUAAAGGACAAGGUCUACACCAGGCCUGUCGCCCGCCUGGUCGUCCUCCCAGCCAUACCAGAUGAUAAGGAUCAACCCACACUCUCCUAGGAUGGUUAGCCCUUUGUUGGUGCAAACAGCUAUCGCUGUCUGGGGGCGGCUGUACAAAAGGGACAUAGACCAUUAUCGAUUACUCUGGGUGCGUGACGGUGAUCGGCGGCGGAUACGCGCGGCGCAUCGGGAGCGAGCACAUGCGAGCCUGAAGACGGCAAAGGGUGCAGAGUGGAGAGAGAGAACGGAGGCUGCCAGUCAGAGACUAAUUGAUUUCACCGUUAUUGUGUGCGUGCGUCCGUGAGACCUAACCAUUCACACAAAGCUGUGCCCAUGUUCUGUACUGUUGCCUGAACCUAUUAAACAGUCAAAUCAAAGAAGAGUUGUCAGCAUCUGUGUUUUGACAGACACACCUGGGGCGAAGAUAGAAAUCAGGAUCAACAAACAACAAUUAAUACAGUCCUUUAUUA